CUGCAGCGAGACCUCACCAUGAGGCGCGGCGCUUCUCAACCAUUCGUCGAGAGAGUCGAGAGGACUGAUCACGUGACACAGCUGUCAGAGGACAGCAUGGCGGACAUGCAUGUGGAGUCUCAAAACAAGUCGCAGCAGCAACCGUGUUUCAGCUAAUCGGCCACCAGGUGCAUCGACAACAUACCGUGUGUGUAUAGCCGGGCCGCCGGCGCCCGAACAAGCUCCAGGAUGGAGGAGGAGAACAAGCUUCGGUUCCCGUCUCUCCCGUCGUCCAAAGAGGACAUCCUAGACUGGGCCUACCCCAUGAGGCGGGAGAUGCAGGAGAUACUCCCAGGCUUAUUUUUAGGACCCUACUCUGCUGCAAUGAAAAGCAAGCUGCCAAAUCUGGAGAGUCAAGGUGUAACACAUGUUGUAUGUGUCCGCCAAGAUAUCGAAGCCAAUUUUAUUAAGCCUAAUUUUCAACACACAUUUAGAUACCUUGUCUUAGAUAUUGCUGACAAUCCAGUGGAAAAUAUAAUACGAUUUUUCCCUAUGACUAAAGAAUUUAUCGAUAGCUCUAUAGAUACUGGAGGAAAAGUACUAGUUCAUGGUAACGCAGGGAUAUCCAGAAGUGCUGCCUUAGUGAUUGCAUACCUAAUGGAGACGUUUGGGAUGAAAUACAGGGAUGCUUUCAGUCAUGUCCAGGAGCGCAGGUUUUGCAUCAACCCGAAUGUGGGCUUUGUGCAUCAGUUACAGGAAUACGAAGCUAUCUACCUUGCGAAGCUCACCAUUAAGAUGAUGUCACCGAUGCAGCUGGGCAGGUCCUUCUCUGUGGUACAAGGUGGGCGUAAGCGGAGUCUUGAGGAGGACGAGGACUUGGGAAGCAUGCAGGUCACAGCAGCGCAGAAUGGAUGACUUUUACUGAUAUGUCAGCUAAGCCCAGUGCACUCUAUUUUUUACAUUUUUAUUGGGAUUAAAAAUGUAAAUAUUUGAUCAUUUUCUAACGGGGAGGGAGCGGGUGGGGGGGAGGACAGCCUGUAAUGUCUGAGACACAGAGCUGACGGGCUUUGAUAACAUUGUUCUGUAAUUCUACUUCUUGCUUUUCUCGUUGUUUUCCUCGAGCUGUAUGCACUGAUGGGAGAUUUUUUGCAGUUUUAUAGUAUUUAAAGCAUUUUGCAUUUGCAGCGGGACAGUAUUGCAAUAAUGCACUUUCAAUACUUGAAUUAUUAUUGUGGUCUACCACAGGGGGGAGAGGGGAGGCAAAGGGCUGGAGGAUGGAAUAAAUGGAACGUCACAAGCGGCUUCAGAAAAGUAGUUGUAACAGACUAACAUUCGGCUUAGUGUGGCAAAGUAAGAAACUACUAAUAAAAAAGAACAUGUCAACUGCUUAAUAAAAUGAUGUCAGACCUUA